AGAUGCCUCUUUUUAAUGUCAAGCUGAAGUUUAUAUUAUUGCUUACGACAUUAGCUAUAUCGAUGGUUUUAGCCAAAUCAAAUCUAUCUGUCAUACUUACUGGUGGAAUUGGCAAAAAUGGAUCUUCAGUUGCCGGUACAAGUGUUUUGUCUCCUGCUAUUCCUCUUAUAUUAGUGGUCCUGCCUGGGUAUAUCAUUGCUUGCAAGAGUACCGAAAAUAUUUACGAAACCCAUCCUGUACUUUAUAUAAUGGCAUUUGGUUUAGUUACUGCUAAAAUAACAAAUAAACUUGUGAUUGCUCAUAUGACUAAAAGUCCAAUUGAAUAUGUCGAUUCCACGCUAAUAGGCCCAGCCAUGUUAUUUUUAAAUCAAUAUUUUGAUUCUAUUUUACCAGAAUACUAUGUGCUGUGUGUUUGCAUGGCUUGGACCGUUAUUGAUCUAGCAAUAUACUCAAUAUUUGUUUGCAAAGAAAUAUGUGAUCAUUUACGAGUUUAUUUAUUUUAUAUAACUACUACUACAUCAACUGCAAAAUCUGGUGCAUCUUUUAAAAUUACAGGUACAAAUAGUAAAAAUGGGAGCAACAAUUCAAGUGGUUUGUACCAACAGUUUAAAUAUCCAUCUACAUUUACUAGUUUUAUAUAUCCAUCAAAAACGAAAACAAAAUAAUAGCAUUAAGUUAAUUGUAGUGUUAAUCAUUGUUAAUCUCAUUGUCGACGAUAAGCAAUCAAUAUAAAAAUAUUGAAGUGUUUGUUGAUAUUUUGGUUUUUAUUUCUAAUGUAAUUAUAUUUGUUAUUAUAUUUAUUCGUACUGAGUACGCGGCUAAUGCAAUCACAUGUAUAUUAGGUGAAAUGAUAACCUACUAUUGCCAAAUUGUACAUAAAUAUAUUAACAAUGACUGUUUGUUAUUUUAUGUGAGAUGUAGUCUUUGCCUUAUAUUAUAUUAUUAGUAUAUACAAUUUGAGUGGUUACAUUUAGUAAAUAAUGGGAUAGGUUUUGAGUUAACUAUGUAAUUAAUAUUGAUUAUAAAACAUUAUUCAAAACAAUA